CGUACGUCACGGCUUAUUACGUCAGCAUUUUCGUCCUUACUCGUGUUGUAAACUUUAUAACUUUUUACAAACUUAGACAAGUUACUAGUUUUUAAAUCGUACGUGCAAAUACGUUUUUGAUUUCGAUUUGGUUAUGUUUUGUAAUGCCGCGUAGCAAAUAAAACGAACAUUUCCGGUUUCUUUAUCCAGCCGGCAGAAGUCAGUUGAGUUGUAUGUAUGAAAGUUACGUACGAUGGAGGGCGAUUCAUUUUCAACACACAGUGAUGAAUAUCGACUGCUUGAGGUGUAUGACCAGCAGAGACGAAAGUCCAAAGUCAGACAAGAGCUGUUUGUCCGCAUGUAUGCGCGGUCGGCAACAACAGGUGAUGAACGUUUCCGCGAUGUGGCUGAUAAACUGAGCCAGCUUGUAGAGAGCGGGUCUAUUGUUGCAGAUGGACUUGAACAUGAUGGACAGAGCGAUUCAGAAGAUGUUGUAGAUAGGCUGGUUGAAUUACUGAAGAAAUCAGGGGAUGAGCUGAAUGAGAAGAUAAAGAGGAACCACGUGCUUUUAAGAUACCUGCAGGAUUCUUUCACUUACAGCAUGUUUGAAAAACUAACCACAACUUUCAUCAAGAGUGUGGUGCCAGAACAUCAGCAAAUUGUGAGAAACCGUGAGCAGAUUGCCUGGACGUUUGAGGUCACCAGCAGACUCAAGGCCCUGGACCUACACCCCAUGAACAGGGUCAUGGGAUUUGGAGCUAAAUACAUCAAGGACCACUUUACUCCCUGGGUUCAAGGGCACGGUGGCUGGGAGAAAGCCUUUGACGACGAUGAUGAUGAGGAGGUCCAUUGAUGCAAGACUGCAUAAGCAUGCCAACAGCCGGGUUACUGUUUAACGACUAUAGAUGGUUGUGUGGCAUGAU